AUCUAGGAUAUGCGCGCACCAUCUGUCUCUCCGGCAGCCAAUCAGCACUCUUAAUUCCCACCAUUCUCUCGUCGCCGUCCUCGUGGAUUGUAUCGUAAGCGAGACCAGGCUACUGCAGAUGAGAGCGAGCGCGGGCGAGAGCGCUGUGGAAGAGUUAACGUUGCGUCUCGCCCCUGUGACGUCGUGAGUGAGUGAGGGACUGAUGGGAGAGCUAGAAGGAAGGGAAAGGGAGGUGUACCGUUUGUCGUUGUCGUCGUCCGUCUGUAGAUGCUGUGUAUUUUCUAAUCUUAUCAUUAUCUGACAACAUUUAUGUUGCAUUUUCCUAUGCUUCAGGAUUCAAAAAUAUAGCACAAGUGAACUGCACGAAUUAUUAGCAUAGCAUAAGCACAGUAUUAUCAAAGCACCGCUACCGAGAGUUGUUAUUUAUUUUUCGUUGCUAGUCGUAGCCAUUGGGAAACGGGAUUUUCAUGGGCGUUUGGAGUGUGUGAGUAUAAUCGUGAGCUGUUGGUAGAAUGUGUGUUUUAGGCUUUUUACUGACAGCGCGUGAACAUUUCCGAUGAAAUGCAACUUUUCGUUUCCUUUUUUUUUUCCCCUGUGAGCUCCAUGUUAUAAAUGUGAUGCCAGUGAUUUUCGAUCGAGCAAUACAUUGACCCAGGCACAACUGUAUUCUCAGCAUAUAAAAAUUGCACAACUUUGUCUGUUCGACUGUAAUCUUAUGACUGUUAUUGGCCUAUUGAGUCGCGGUUUCGAUUAUAGCCUACGUUUGGUUUCCAGAACAAUCUUUGAUAUUUAUAAAUAGGCACGCGACCAUUAUCACGCAAUAUUAAUAAUUUUAUUACACAUGAAGAUUGUCGGAACUCGACAUUAAUAAUCUCUGCAAGCAAUUUAAAGAAAGAUAUUUGUUGUGGUCGCACGCACGCGAGUACACAUUCACGUACACACAUACACCAGCCUCUCCACUGAAAAGGACCUCUACUGAGCGGCGUCCCGCGGAGAGCCCGAGCAGCGCGGUGGAGAGAUGGCCCUGUCAUUUCUUCUUUUCAUUCUCUCUGUGGCUGCCUCGCUCACUGCGGCAACUCACAAUACAACUGCAGGAUGCAACAUCAUCCGGCCCCCCAGAGAUGGAGGGAUCCGAUACAGAGGCCUGACACAAGAGCAGAUCCGGAGCGUUCAGGUAUUGCCAGUGGACUAUGAGAUUGAGUACAUCUGCAGGGGCAACCGUGUCAUCGUGGGACCAAAAGUCAGGAAGUGUCUGCCCAAUGGAACCUGGACUGAUCCCAACCAGAAAAGCCACUGCUUGCUGCCGUGUCCUCGGGUGUGGACGUCCCUGGAGAAUGGGCGUGUGAGCGUGUGGCCUGCUGGGCCCUCGGUGGAGGGGACGGUGCUGCAGUACACCUGCCUGCCCGGCUUCAUCCUCAUGGGGAGGAACUCCACACACUGCACCAAGGCCGGCAAAUGGGACUCCCCCAAACCCGUCUGCCACUAUGACAGAAAUUACACCGGCAAGAAGAAGCUGUACAUCGGAGCCCUGUUCCCCAUGAGCGGUGGAUGGCCUGGGGGCCAGGCCUGCCUGCCUUCCGCCCGGAUGGCCAUGGAUCUGGUGAACAACAGAACUGACAUCCUACCGGACUAUGAGUUGGAGAUGAUCCACUAUGACAGCAUGUGUGAUCCAGGUGAGGCCACUAAGCUGCUGUAUGACCUGCUCUACUCCGAGCCCAUAAAGAUCGUCCUCAUGCCCGGAUGCAGCUCCGUAUCUACCCUGGUCGCCGAGGCAGCACGCAUGUGGAACCUCAUAGUGUUGUCGUACGGCUCUAGCUCUCCAGCUCUGUCUAACCGCCAGCGCUUCCCCACCUUCUUCCGCACGCACCCGUCCGCCACGCUGCACAACCCCACCCGCGUGCAGCUCUUCCAGAAGUGGAAGUGGACCAAGAUCGCCACCAUCCAGCAGACCACCGAGGUCUUCACAUCGACUCUGGAUGAUCUGGAGCAGCGUGUGAAGGAAGCUGGGAUUGAGAUCAGCGUGAGGCAGAGUUUUCUCAGCGAUCCCGCCGUCGCUGUCAAGAACCUCAAGCGGCAGGACGCCCGCAUCAUAGUGGGACUCUUCUACGAGACAGAGGCCAGGAAGGUCUUCUGUGAGGUCUUUAAGGAGAAGCUGUAUGGGAAGAAGUAUGUCUGGUUUCUGAUUGGUUGGUACGCUGAUAACUGGUUCAAAAUUAAAGACCCAUCCAUCAACUGCACGGUGGAAAACAUGACAGAGGCUGAAGGUCACAUCACCACGGAGAUUGUCAUGCUAAACCCAGAGACUGUACGCGGAGCAUCCAACCUGGUGAGAGUUCCUGGUUCUGCCCAGCUGAUGUCACGGCUGGGGGGCAAGAACCCCGAGGAGACGGGCGGCUUCCAGGAGGCGCCGCUGGCCUACGACGCCGUCUGGGCCCUCGCUCUGGCCCUCAACAAGACCGUGGGGCCCCUCAAGGCCCGGGGGCGACGUCUGGAGGACUUCAACUACAACAACAAGGACAUCACGGCCGAGAUCUACCGCGCGCUCAACACCAGCUCCUUCGAGGGAGUCUCAGGUCAUGUGGUGUUCGAUGCCCAGGGAUCCAGGAUGGCUUGGACUCUCAUUGAACAGCUCCAAGGAGGAAGUUAUAAGAAGAUUGGAUAUUAUGAUAUGACCAAAGGCAAUCUCUCCUGGUAUGGAAAUGACAAGUGGAUCGGUGCUGGCCCGCCGGCGGACCAGACUCUGGUGAACUUUGAGUACCGCUACCUCUCCCAGAAGCUCUUCAUCUCCGUGUCGGUGUUUGCUGGCCUCGGCAUCCUGUUGGGCAUCGUCUGCCUCACGUUCAACAUCUACAACAGCAACGUCAGGUAUAUUCAGAACUCACAGCCCUACCUCAACAACAUGACGGCGGUGGGCUGCAUGAUGGCCCUGGCUGCAGUGUUUCCUCUCGGACUGGACGGCCUGCAUGUACACAGAGACCAGUUUCCUGUUGUCUGCCAGUUCCGCUUGUGGCUAUUGGGUCUGGGCUUCAGUCUGGCAUAUGGCAGCAUGUUCACUAAAAUCUGGUGGGUCCAUACAGUCUUCACCAAGAAGGAUGAGAAAAAGGACAAGAGGAAGCACCUGGACCCUUGGAAGCUGUACGCCACUGUGGGCAUUCUGUUGGUUAUCGACAUCACGUCCCUCAUGAUCUGGCAGAUUGUUGAUCCCCUGCACAUCACUGUGGAGAAGUUCACCCGUGAGGCUCCUAAAGGGGAUCUGGACGUCUUGAUUGAACCCCUGCUGGAGCACUGCAGCUCAGAGAAGAUGAACACCUGGCUAGGAGUGGUGUAUGGAUAUAAAGGGCUGCUGCUUCUCUUGGGCAUCUUCUUGGCCUAUGAGACCAAAUCUGUCUCCACAGAAAAGAUCAACGAUCACAGGGCUGUGGGAAUGGCUAUCUACAAUGUUUCUGUUUUGUGUAUGAUCACUGCUCCGGUCACCAUGAUCUUGUCGUCCAAGCAGGAUGCCUCCUUUGCUUUCGCUUCCCUGGCCAUCGUCUUCUCUGUCUACAUCACUCUAGUGGUGCUGUUUGUCCCAAAGAUGCGGAGGCUGAUUACUCGUGGCGAGUGGCAGUCGGACCAGCAGGAGACGAUGAAGACGGGCUCCUCCACUAACAACAAUGACGAGGAGAAGAGCCGACAGCUGGAGAGAGAGAACAAAGAGCUACAGAGGAUCAUCCAGGAGAAGGAGGAGAGGGUGUCCGACCUGCGGAACCAGCUGUCCGAGAGGCAGGCUCUCCGUUCUCGCCGGCGUCCCUCCUCGGGCAAUCAGAACCACAGCACGCCGCCCGUGUCUGCCCCACAGGGCGACCCCAAGGCCCUGCUGCCCCCUCCGGGCUAUCCGCUGCCCUCGUCCGACAACCACGCGCUGCCCCCGUCCUUCUCCAACUCCUCCAACCUCUACCAGCCCGACGGCAAGAUCAGCCGCAACCACUGCCACACCAGCCGCCUGCCCCUGCUCUACAAGUGAGAGGAUACCAGGGAGGAGCAGAGGAGAAGAGGAGGAGAAGAGGAGAUCAGAGAGGAGCAGAGGAGGAGAAGAGGAGAUCAGAGAGGAGCAGAGGAGAAGAGGAGGAGAAGAGGAGAUCAGAGAGGAGCAGAGGAGGAGAAGAGAUCAGAGAGGAGCAGAGGAGCAGAGGAGGAGAAGAGGAGACAUCAGGAGCAGAGGAGGAGAAGAGGAGACAGAGUACGGGGGAUUUAAAAGGGAGGACAAAUGUACAUUUCUCUCUCUCUCUCUCUCUCUUUCUCCCCCUCUUUCUCUCUUUCUCUUUCCCUCUCUUUGUGCAGCCUGUGAGGGGGUGGAUGUGCCAUUUUGGUUUUGAUGGGGUGGAGGUUUGUGUUUGUUGUUCUGUUAGCAGGAAAUCAAACCACAUUCACAGUGAGAUGACACAGAUCAGACCAGAGGGGGAGACUUAAGGUGGGGGUGAACAGUUGAGUCAUUACGAAAGGCUGAGUGAUUUUCCAUGAAACAAAAAAAAAUCCAUCUUAUGCACUCUACCUGAAAACUCAUAGGAGAACCUUUAUCUCCCCCUCCUCACCUCACCGAACCACGCUACACCACGCUACACCAAUGACCUCUCUGGAGGUCUGAGGGGCUUUCACAACAGAUGGUAAACAUGAUACAGAUGAAGAUGUAGAAUAUGCAUACCAUCUUCAGUAUACUGACUUGACUUAUCUGACAUAAAGUGCAGGAAAACCAAUGUUGACUAAUGCGUGUGUGUGUGUGUGUGUGUGUGUGUGUGUGUGUGUGUGUGUGUGUGUGUGUUUUGUGUUCAGAAAGGCAUAAGUUAACAAUCUGGAACGAUUUGAUGAGUGAUUCCAUGAAAUAUGGGCGAAACACAAAAACAUAUCUGAACCCUCACCUUAGGUGAACCCUUCCUUUUCCCCAACCUGUGUCACUCAUUGCUCAUCCACUGACAGAUCUGGAGGGCUGCAUGGUAGAGCCUGUCAGCAGCGCUCUUCUCCUGCUGUGCACCAGGCUCACCAGCUCCCUCUACUGGUACAGAGCCAAGCAGCCGGGCAAGCAUCGCUGAGGUCAUAUUUGAACACUAUGAAAGCGGCACGUUUGAAUGUGUCUGAAUGUGAAAUACAGUACUGUGCAAAAGUUCUAGGCACUUGUGAAAAACUGUAAUGUGAGGAUGCUUUAAAAAAUAAUUACAUAAAAAAAUGCAAAGUACAAUAUAACAAACUUAUUUUAAUAUUUGAAUAUUUGAGCAACCUCUCUGUUUUGAAAAACAUCAGUUGAGGUACACCUGUACAAGCUAUUUGGCAGGUAGGUUUUUCUCAAGCAUUUUGGAGAUAUUAUCACAGCUCAUUAGUGUAUUUAGUCUUGAUUCUAUCUCUAUAUAAUUCCAAAUUACACUAAUUUCUGCCGUUGAUAUUUUUCUUACUUUAAUGGCCUAUAAAUGUCUCAUUGGAAAACUCAAUUGGAUGUUUAAAAAAUAUAAAAUACACUAAUACAUUAAAAUACAAAAUACAUUGGCGCACUAGUGCUAUAAUAACGACAGAAAACAUCUGCUGAAGCAGGCAGUGCAGUACUGCCUGUCCAGUUCAAUUGAUUCUGCUGAUUUCAGUUUACCUUAUAGUUCUUGGAAAGGGUGUGUGAUGAGUUUGUAUUUCUAUCUGAAUCUCUCUCGCACUCACACCUACACAAAUACACAGACACACACACAUACACACCGGAAAGUGGUGCAGUGCAGUAGCAUUCCGUUGCAUAGCGAUCCCCUUUCUUAUGGCUUUUCCUGCCUCCGAUCGAAACUUUCUAAAUGAAAUCAUUGCACCGUAGUGUCACUUUCAAGUUCAAACCGCCGUGGCUUGCGUCUUCCAUGUCUGUGCAAGGAUGCGUAGAUGUCAGUGUUAUGUACUGAAUAUAGGACACAGCGCACAGCAAGACAUUUACCGCAAAAAAUGGCUUUAUUUCAUUUUACAUUAUUGUGAUACUGUGUGAAUCAACGUGUCAGAUACUGUUCAGGUGUCACGUAUAACAGCUUCACAGAUCCAGCAACUGAACUAGGCAGUGUUUGGUCACUGCUAAUUAGAAUGAGGUCAUAGUCUCGCCUGUGAUGGAUUUGAGGAACUGAAGGAAAUUGUAGGCUGAUAAGCAAAGUUUCAUAGGAAACACUGAAAGGAAACGAAAGUACUGCCCCCCCACACACACACACACACACACACACUGCAGGGAAAGAUAGACAGACUUUGCUCCUUCAUUUUGUCUCCUUUAUAUAAUAGAAAAACAUAUGACCACCAUUCUCAAGGAACAGUGGUUGAACAGUAAACUCACCUACAAUCAUUUUAAGGCAUUUUAAACUCUGUGAAUAUUGGCUCACACACUUGUCUCUGAUGAUCUUGUUCCGGUUCCUGUUUCUGUUUCUGUCUGAUGAUAGAUAUCAUUGAUGUUUAUAUGAAUAAUGACAUGCACAAUUGUAAAUUAUAUGUCUGUACAUGAUAUGUAUUCUUAAACACAGAAGUAUAAUUGUAUUCGCACAUGCUAUUAAAAAAAAGAUAUUUAUAUUGACUGCUUUAGAUGUUUAAUCUAGAGACGAUGUGAAAUGUGGUUAUUGUAGUUCUGAUUUGGUGAAUCAAUAAACAAGUUGUUUUUUACUGAGAA